AAUGUAUAAAAAGCCACGUCUAGAAGCCGCGGCACUUCAGUCUUUUCAAAAAUAUCAUAAGGAUGGCUCUAGAACGUCAAGUGCGCGCUAAGAUUGCGGCGAAACGCAACCCCGAACAGGAGAAGGAGGCACAGGAAUGGAUCGAAUCGAUCCUUGGUAAGAAGUUUCCUCCUGGUGAGACCUUUGAAGAGGUGCUCAAGGAUGGUCAGGUCUUGUGCCAUUUGAUGAACAAGAUUUCUCCUGGAUCCGUACCAAAGAUCAACAGUACCGGUGGACAAUUCAAGAUGAUGGAAAACAUAAAUUUGUUUCAAAAGGCGUUAAAGGACUACGGGGUGGACGACGUCGAUGUUUUCCAGACCGUAGACUUAUGGGAAAAGAAAGAUGUAGCCCAAGUAGUAACGACAUUGUUCGCGCUCGGCCGAACAACAUACAAGCAUCCCGAAUGGAAAGGACCUUAUCUAGGACCUAAGCCAUCAGACGAAUGCAAACGUGAUUUUACAGAGGAACAAUUGCGAGCUGGUCAGGGAAUGAUUGGUCUUCAAGCGGGUUCCAACAAGGGUGCGACUCAGGCAGGCCAAAGCAUCGGUGCCACUCGCAAAAUUCUUCUUGGAAAGUAAAUUAAAACUUGGCACAGCUUGCAAAUCCCUUUUUCCAGUCGUUACAGCUAUAUCUCGUAUUUUUUUGUAUGUACAUAUAAAUACGUAUA